CCAGCUUUCCCCCGGCACUGGGCCUGCGAGCCUGGUUGCUAGGCGGAAGCGAGGCGCGGCGGAUGCCGCGGCGGCUGCCCGGGCGUUUGAAAAGCUGCAACGCAGGCGGCAAAAGCAGACCCCGCCUGCGGGCCGCGCAGCGCGACCAUGGUCUCCAAGUCCGACCAACUGCUCAUCGUCGUGUCCAUCCUAGAAGGUCGCCAUUUCCCCAAGCGUCCAAAGCAUCUGCUUGUAGUGGAGGCAAAGUUUGAUGGAGAGCAGUUGGCUACUGACCCUGUGGAGCACACUGACCAGCCAGAAUUUGCUACCGAGUUAGCCUGGGAGAUCGACAGGAAAGCCCUCCAUCAGCACAGGUUGCAGCGUACUCCUAUCAAACUACAGUGUUUUGCCUUGGAUCCUGUAUCUUCAGCCAAGGAGACUAUAGGUUACAUUGUUCUAGACUUAAGGACUGCUCAAGAAACAAAGCAGGCUCCAAAAUGGUACCAGUUGUUGAGCAAUAAAUACACCAAGUUCAAGACUGAGAUACAGAUAGGCAUUGCUUUGGAAACAGAUACAAAGGCCCCAGUGGAUAGUUUUAAAGCCAAAGGAGCCCCCCCUCGAGAUGGAAAAGUACCUGCCAGCCUCUCUGGACUUGACCCCAAGGACAUUGUGGUGGUGCUAAAUGAGGAGGGAGGCUACCAUCAGAUCGGCCCAGCAGAGUACUGCUCUGACUUCUUCAUUAUGUCGGUGACCAUAGCCUUCGCCACCCAGCUGGAGCAGUUAAUUCCAUGUACCAUGAAGCUUCCAGAAAGACAGCCUGAAUUUUUCUUUUACUAUUCUUUGCUGGGAAAUGAUGUUACAAAUGAACCCUUCAAUGAUUUAAUCAACCCAAACUUUGAGCCAGAGAGAGCAUCUGUUCGAAUACGUAGCAGCAUAGAAAUUCUUCAUGUUUACCUGGCUCUUCAGUCUAAACUACAGAUCCAUCUUUGCUGUGGAGACCAGUCACUUGGAAGUACAGAGGUACCCUUAACUGGACUCCUGAAAAAAGGGAGUACAGAAAUCAACCAGCGCCCAGUCACAGUCGAGGGUGCUUUUAUUCUUGACCCUCCAAACCGAGCCAAACAAAAGCUUGCGCCUAUUCCUAUGGAGCUAGCCCCGACUGUCGGCGUGUCUGUGGCUCUGCAGAGAGAAGGCAUAGACGCCCAGUCUUUAAUUGAGUUAAAGACCCAGAAUGAACAUGAACUACAGCAUUCAAAGAAGCAAGUUUUAACUCCUAUAAAAGAGAAGACACUCACUGGGCCAAAGUCACCAAGUGUGUCCCCUGUUCCACCUCAAAACCCAUCACCUCCCACAAAAGAUGAUGCAACAGGAAGUGAAGCGGAAAGCUUACAGUAUGAUAAGGACACAAAACCAAAUCCAAAGGCCGUUGGUCCUUCCAUACCUGCUUCUGUGGCCCAGCCAGUGCCCGCAUCCCAUGCUUCAGAAACAGCCUCAGGACAGAAGAUUGCUGUGCCGGCGACAUCACAUCAUUUUUGCUUUUCAAUAGACUUAAGGAGUAUCCAUGAUUUGGAAGUUGGUUUUCCAAUCAACUGUAUAUUAAGGUACUCCUAUCCAUUCUUUGGUAGCGCAGCUCCCAUUAUGACUAAUCCUCCCAUAGAAGUUCGCAAAAACAUGGAGGUUUUUCUUCCACAGUCUUACUGUGCAUUUGAUUUUGCAACUCUCCCUCAUCAGCUGCAGGAUACCUUCUUAAGGAUUCCAUUGCUGGUUGAAUUAUGGCACAAGGAUAAAAUGAGUAAAGAUUUACUUCUGGGGAUCGCCAGAAUCCAGCUUUCUAACGUCCUGUCUUCAGAAAAAACUCGCUUUUUAGGUUCCAGUGGUGAACAGUGUUGGCGUCAGACUUACAGUGAAAGUGUGCCUUUCAUAGCUGCACAGGGGUCAAACAACAGGAUAAUGGAUCUUUCUUACACAGUAACUCUCGAAGAUUAUGGACUCGUAAAAAUGCGUGAGAUCCUUGUCUCUGAUUCGUCUCAGGGUUUAUCUGCUGUGCAGCAAAAGCCACCUUCCGUUCCUCCGGCACCUUGUCCUUCAGAAGUCCAGACAGAGCCUCGAGAAACCUUAGAAUACAAAGCUGCUCUGGAGCUGGAAAUGUGGAAAGAGAUGCAGGAAGACAUUUUUGAAAAUCAGCUAAAGCAGAAGGAAUUGGCUCAUAUGCAGGCUCUUGCAGAGGAAUGGAAGAAAAGAGACCGGGAGAGAGAAUCGCUUGUAAAGAAAAAGGUGGCUGAAUAUACUGUUCUAGAAGGAAAACUUCAAAAAACCCUAAUUGACUUAGAGAAGCGAGAGCAGCAGCUUGUCCUUGCAGAAUCGGAGGUUCAAAGAGAAAGAAAGGAACUGAAAUUAGAACGUGAACGGAACCUGCAAGAACUUCAGGACUCUAUCCGGAGAGCCAAAGAGGAUUGUGUGCAUCAAGUUGAACUCGAGAGGUUGAAGAUGAGACAGCUCGAAGAGGACAAACUCCGACUGCAGCAGCAGCUUAAUGAUGCUGAAAAUAAGUAUAAGAUUUUGGAAAAAGAGUUUCUUCAGUUCAAGGAUCAGCAAAGCAACAAACCAGAAAUUCGUCUACAGUCUGAAAUAAAUCUUCUCACCUUGGAAAAGGUUGAACUUGAAAGGAAGUUGGAAUCUGCAACUAAGUCUAAACUGCAUUACAAGCAGCAGUGGGGACGAGCUUUGAAAGAACUUGCCAGACUUAAACAGAGGGAGCAAGAAAGUCAAAUGGCCCAUCUAAAAAAACAGCAAGAAGAGCUGGAACAGAUGCGACUACGCUACCUGGCUGCUGAGGAAAAAGAUACGGUGAAGACCGAGAGACAGGAAUUGCUGGAUAUCAGAAAUGAAUUAAACAGGUUAAGGCAACAAGAACAGAAACAGUACCAGGAUUCCAGAGAGAUUGCGAGCGGAAAACUGGACAGCCCGCGUGGCAAUGCCCUGGAAGAGGGUUUGGAUGAUUAUUUGACUCGACUCAUAGAAGAAAGGGAUACUUUGAUGAGGACGGGUGUGUAUAAUCACGAGGAUCGAAUAAUAAGUGAACUAGACCGACAGAUCAGAGAGGUUUUGGCAAAAAACAAUGCCAGUAAUUAAUACCAUUUGGAAAAUCUUUACAGAGACUCCAGGCCUGAAUAUUAAUUUCAUUGUAAAACCCUCGAAAGAAGGGAAAAUGGAUAUUUUAAAACCAAUUUUCAAUUUUUUAUAAGCAAAAUUUUGUAUGUUACUGUACAGUAUUUAUUUGAUUUUAUUUACUUUAUGCUACCUCUCCCACUCUGGUUUUAUUUGUAAUUGCAUUUUAUAUACUCAUUUUAAAUGACUUUUCAGUGUUUCUCAUAAUUUAUAAUUUCCUGGCUAACUUUCCCAGCAGCUUUUCCUGAGAUUUGUCCUUAGAGAAAUGACUGCAGUAAUUUCCAGUUGUAUAAUUUUUCACAUUGAGCCGAAAGAGUAUAUGUUGCACUUUAAAAAUGCUGCAUCCUAUUCAUUUGAAUAUGGCUAUCUUGAAAGUUGAGGCCAAUUGUAAACAAUUUUAUUUUACUUUAGACAGCUUGUGUUUUUAACUUGUAAUAUUGGACAGGUUUGAAAACAGAAAGCAAGAUCAAUGCAGAGAAGCGCUAGGCUCUAUUGAAUGACAACCUAGGCAUUUAUUUAAAUAAAGUUAAUACAGAAUAAACUUGUUUCCACACCCAUUGAAUUUCCAAAUUUUCACUGUGCUCCUAACUUUUAGGAAGAUACAAGUCAAAGUCACAGUUUAAAAAGAUGCUUGUCUGCCCAUCCAUGCCCCAGAUUGUAUUUUGAUUUCUUGAAAACCUAAACCCUCUGUAAUAUAACAGACACAAAGGCUUCUGCUGAGAAAGAAGAGGGAGAAACAACUAUUUUUUACUCCACUAAUUUUGAUCAGUUGGAUGUUAAAGUACACGAGAUUCAGUCACUGGGGGUUCCCUCUGGAGUGCCCUCCCCUGCGAACUUCUGAGAAUUCCUACACGGUUUCAUAGCCCGUCUUGGCCCUUAGGGCAGCACUUUCCACCUCCUUUUCCAGAGUUUCCAGAGUCUGUUAGCCAAUUCACAGAUUAUGCGAGUCUUAAAAUAGAAGUAGUUUGCAAUUGCUGAUUCCCAGAUAUAAUACAUUUAAGUAGAUUUUAGGAAAUAUAUAGUGUUUACCAAGUACUUCCCUAAAAGCAGAAUAGGAUGGAAACAAAAUUUUCUAUCGUUUUCAAGAAGGUGUAUUUUUGGGGGAAAAGCAAAGUCCCAGCCGCAGUCUAUGUUUUGUUUUGUUUCCUUAAUAACAAAGUAUUAAUCUUCUAAAAAACACCCCAGCAGUACAAUGACAGAGACCAAAAUGACUGAAUGAGAGACUAACAACUCUGACUCUCAGCAGGAAUGUGAACUUCGUUAUGGUUAGACAUUUCUCUCACUGAUUCUCCGGCCACAGGGGCCACACGCGUGGAACCAAGCAUUUCUGUUGCAGGAGGGCGCUGGUGAAAUCCAGCCCCUGUGCCUUCGGGAGGUUGGUGUGCGGCGCCUGACUGUCCUCCGACACUAGAGGGGGCCUCAGAUUUAGAGAAAUGCAAAGGACUUUUCUCCGGUGUGUGGUUCACUUCGCCCUCUGUAAAGCUAGCUUCUGGCUCUGUAGCUUCAGCAAUAAAAACCAGAAUCCUGCGGACA